CGUUUUUUUCUUUCGACCGCAACCGCCGCGCACACAGCAUUCCCCUACAGCAUCCAUUGAGCCCCCAACUGCCUCUUGCUUUUUCUCUUCGGCAUUAAAAACCAGAUCCGGACCUCGAACCUAGAAACCCUUCUGCCACAAACUCCUUAAUUCAGGCUUAGCGGAACAAGCAUCACCCCAAGCAACGGUCCGACAAAGCACAAGUCACCCCCGGGGGGCCAAACAGGACACAGAGCGUCAUCUCUCGACGUCGCGCAUCACCCGGCCGGCCCACACCCCUUGUCACACUCGGCACAGCUCUCACCGCCCGCCAUGGACUACAGCAUAGAGGACAGCCAGAACUCGGCGCCGGGGACCGCGCCGGCCGCCGCCAAGGCUGGCGUCGCGAAGAAGGGCCCGGACUCCCAGAGCGUCACCAAGAGGUUGCAAACGGAGCUGAUGCAGCUCAUGACCUCGCCCGCGCCCGGCGUCUCCGCCUUUCCCUCGGCCGACGGCAACCUCAUGUCGUGGGCCGCCACCAUCGAGGGGCCCGACGACACGCCCUACACGGGCCUGACCCUGAAGCUCUCCUUCGCCUUCCCCGCCAACUACCCGUACGCCCCGCCCACGGUCCUGUUCAAGACGCCCAUAUACCACCCCAACGUCGACUUCUCGGGCCGCAUCUGCCUCGACAUCCUUAAGGACAAGUGGACGGCCGCCUACAACAUCCAGACGGUGCUGCUGAGCCUGCAGAGCUUGCUGGGCGAGCCGAACAACGCAUCACCGCUGAACGGUGAGGCCGCCGAGCUGUGGGAUAAGGACUUCGAAGAGUUCAAGCGCAAGGUCUUGGGCCGUCAUCAGGAUAUUGACGAAUGAAGCAAAGGAAGGUCACAUCCACCAUUAGGUUUUUUGUUCCCUGAUUGAUUUUCGGGGGGUUCUGGGAGCAAUGCAAUAUAGCGGCGUGGCAUUUCCUCAGGGAGUAACGAGCGUUCUCGGGGAACUUUGAUUCUUUCCUCAGACUCGGCGGCAAUCGUUGGACAUUGUACGGGACACUGGGCGCACUACGACCUCGCGGACUGGGCUCAGACAGCCAGGUAUUUUGGAUCUGCUCUGCUUCGAGUCAACAAGGUAACCCGGCCAGCAUGGCACAGGUGCGCCGUCAAGGUACGCCGACCUUGGGCGACAAGCAGGUAAAUGAGAAAAAUGGCCGUUUAAGACCGUCAUUUAUAAACCGCCAACCAUAACGUAACCCGAGGCCUUGUGAAAUGCAGAUGCCUCUUCCAGUACUCCAUGACAACCAUCCGCGGUAUGCCAGUCCAGCGCCUGCGGGGUCGGGGCGCGCAAAGG